AUGGGUAGAGGCAGAAAGCGCUCUUCACGGAAAAGACAUGACUCCAGCCCUGUUCCCAGGUUGUGGAGCUGGCCCUUUAGCCAAGAGCCCAGGUGUUGCGGCCCAGAUGCCACGGCCUCAACCAGCGAUUCAUUGAGAUCAUGCACAUCAAAAGUCACCCCCUCCCCCUACGUGCAGUCAGCUAGUUGCACCAUCUAUCUCAUUGAUACACCUGGGUUCGAUGACUCCGAUAAAAGCGACACUGAGGUACUCAAUAAGCUAGCCGCUUGGUUUGUGGGGCUCCGCGUUGGAAAGAUCCUCCUUCACGGCAUCAUAUACCUGCACCGCAUCAUUGAUCCUCGUAUGCAAGGCUCUACAAAGAAGAACCUUGUCCUCUUCAAGAAGCUUUGUGGACAGAACGCCCUCAAGAAUGUUGUGCUUGUCACCACCAUGUGGAACGGGAUCUCGAAUGACCUUUAUCGCUCGCGCGAGAAGGAACUAACGACGACAUCAGAGUUUUGGGGAUACAUGAUGGAACAAGGCAGUUCGUGUUUUCGAGCCGACAGCCCAGGGUCGGAACGACAGAUCGUGCAACAUCUUGCCAGUCACAAUAAUCCAGUGGCUAUCGACUUGCAGACCCAACUGGUAGAUGAGCGACGGAGGCUCGACGAGACGUCAGCGGGCCAGGAACUACAGACCGAAGUGGCCAAGGACAAGAGGCGAUGGGAGAGGGCGGUCCGUGAAACCAGAACGGGAAUGCGGGAGGCCAAAAAGCAGAGUGAUUACGAAAGUCUAAGAGUUCUUGAAGAAGAGCUUCGCAGGUGCAGGAGCGAGAUCAAGCGAUCGGAGGAAAGGCGUUGCAUGCUUGGCAUAAGCAUGAAGGGUCUGCUUGACCUGUAUCACAAGCAGGUUGCCUAUAUGGAAGCGCAACAGGCUUCCCACCAUGAGCCUCCCGUCGGGGUGGAACUGCCCAGCCUUGAGUACCAAGCACAACCAACAGGGCAGCCCAUCGAGGUAGAGCAGCCUAGCACAACCCCUGGCCCGUCAAACGAGUUGGUGUUAUACGGAACCAACGACAUGUCAGAAAUACCAGCACAGGAUCACAGGUAA